CAUCACAGGCGCACCUUGCCGUAGGAACCUUGAAGGCCAGCCGGAAUCGUUUCAUUUGGGGGUCCGCUGCCAAUAGCUCGAUUGUGGAACGCAGCGGUGCAGGACCGCGCAACUAAUCCCACGCUUCAUGACACACCCGUGCGGUAACAUGUGCUGUUCUCGCGGCAGUAGAUGUCACACCAAAUUCUACCGAGGCCGUCUGAUGUGAGAAAACCGAACGACGUUGAAAGAGACUUCGUCAUAAGAAAAUCUACUGGAUUGGAUUAUUGGCCGAAUCGGGCAUAGUGUGCUGCGGCAGCCUCAUUGUGUGACAGGUGCCUUAUCGGACGAGCAGGGUGAUCGGCAUAGGGUUUAUCUAUUGGGUGGUGUGGGAAGGUGUAUCACGCCGAGCGGGGUUGUGGGGUCUGGGCCUGGCACUUCCCGAGCCCAGGUGGGGGAGACUGGUUCGCAUUAGGUUGGGGCAGGAGGGCUUGUUCCUGAAGCUUCGAUUCUUUGGAACAAAGUCCUACGCCCUAAAGACCUCUCUCCUGUCUCUGUGAACCCGUUGCACAAGCACUUGAGGAUGCCUCUCUUCCCUUGUGCAAUGAGCUGUUUCUUUCCCGCCUCAUCCAUGCCCCUCCACAAGUGCCCAUUCUCCUAGAUGCUAGUCUAGUUUUCAUUCUUUUGGAGGGGAGUUGUUUGUCCAAGGCAUUCUAUAUUUGAAAGCCCCGAAGUCAUGGCAAGUUUGGGGAGUUUGCCUAAGGAGCUUUUGCUCCACGUACUGUCAUUUCUUGAGCCACCAGAACUUGUCCCCGUCCAACGCGUCUCCCGCGAGUUCAGCAAAAUUGCUCGUGAUGAUGUCGUCUGGCGCGCAAGAUGUUUGCGAGACUCGUCCUAUCUCUCUUCGCUACGUAGUCGUCUUCGGCUGCAAAAUCUCAACUUUGCCCUCCUCCAAGCCGCCAACGGUGUGAGGGCUCCGUCAGAGGAAGCUGGAGAGGCAAAUGAAGACUCUUGGAUAAAGUGCAUCUCUGGCUCAGAAGUAGACGGGGACCGCCUCAGCAGUUCGCAACGUCUAGAGAGAGAACGAGUUCGCAUCACGGCCAAUUGGGACCCAAUCUUCCCUGAUGAGCAGGUCUCUUGGUAUGAUGAAUACAUACGCCGGCAAGGCCCGAUAGUCGUAUCGUGGUUUCAGACGCCAUACGCUCAUGGCACUGGAACCAAGUCCAGGUCAGCAGCCGAUUUUGUGGAGACCAGGGGGGUAGCUUUGUACUAUCCCGACGGCGAAGAACGUCUGGACGGAAAGGUACUGGCAGUCUCUCCCCUAGAUGAUGGGAGUGUCUGCCUCUGGCAUGUCAGUGGCGGUUCUGCCACGAAAAGAGGUGCCAUUGUUGCUCGUAGCCGACCGGGCAUCUUGUUUGCCGGUCCCAAGACCAGAUCUAAUCAGAUAGAUUCUGGCGUCACUGAGUGUGUGAGCGUGGAUAGCCAGAGACACAGGGCAUUUUUUGCGGUACAGCAAAACCUUAUCGAGGUCGACUUACCCACACUGUCAGUCAUACACCGUGAGACAUUCCCGUGGUCUAUCGCGACUUUAUCAGCCGCCAACUCGGCCGUUCCUCUCACUGUCGGCACAAGCCUCGGCCUUCACCUUCAUGACUACCGAUCUAGAAGCCCCCCUCGAGCCGAUAUUGUUGACACGAUAGAUGCCUUUGACGGGACGAAAGUACAACUCGAAGACAUCAGCCAAGAUCCAUACCGACAGCUAUUUGACGACUCGCCUCUACCCCCUUACGUCCCCCUUGCACAGCCAGGGCCUGUGAGUAUCCUUCACCUCCCAGUAGAAGGCCAGCCCAGCAGCCUAUCCGACGACAUCUACGUCGCCGGUCGCUUCAAGAGCAUCCUGCACUACGACCGCCGCCAAUUUUCCCGCAUCAAAGGAACAGUCUACUCGGGCGCCAAUCUCUGCAGCAUGACAUCGCUACCCUACCCCUUUUCCUACGAAGACUCUCAAGCCCGCCGCCAGGCACGCCUCUCGUUGGAGCAAGUGGAAAAGUCCAAAUCUGCCCCGGGAAGAACCCUCAUCGCAUGCGGCGAGUACAAGUCAAAGGGAUCUCUGGAGCUUUACGGCCUACCACCUGUGGGAGAGCCGGCCAGAAACCGGCAGACAUGUGCCCGCUCCAAACUAAUGUCCGUCGUCAACCACGGCUCUUGCCUCGCCGUGGCAGAUGGCAUGGGGUACGUCAAGUGGUUCGAACGCGACGGCUUCACCGAGGUGCGCCGGCACAGAAUCGGACACAGCGAGAGAACGGAGGGACCGUCAAUUUUUGCCUCGAUGCCUGGCUCGGGCGACCUGGCGCGGAAGCUGCUUGCAACAAGGGCCGCGGCUUUGUUCAGUGGUGGCGAAGCCCAGGUCAAUAACAAUGACUUGGUUUUCUGGACGGGGGAGAAGCUGGGGCUGCUGGGUUUUUCCAGCCAGCCUGGGUUUGGGCCUAGUGAUUUUGAAAAGGGGGAAGAGCAGUCUGCGACCCCAGAGGAGCUGCAGCUGCAGGCUCAGGAGCAGGCGUAUGGCCAGAAGAUGCGGGAGGCGCUGCAGCGGCACGCAAACGAUGUCCGCUUGGCUAGUUACCUGGGGGGGGCUUCGCGGGGAUUUCAAUGAUCAGUUUAUAGACGUCUUUUGGAUAUCGUUUCAUGUCUUCUGCUUGAUAGAAUUUGAUUUUAUGUUUUACCUAUCUUGCAAUG